AUGGUAGAGAUGAUGGUGAAUGAAGAGAAGGAGUGUGACACUGAUCUGGUGUGUAAAAAUGUUGAGGAGCUGUACGAUCACAUCGGGCUCUGGAACUGGAACUACUUGAUUAUUGAGUUUCCUCUGGCUGCAGUGGACUGGCCUGGUGGGAUCCUUGCUGAUGAGAUGGGGCUUGGGAACAUAUGGAAAAAUGACACUUUUUGUUUUCCUCUUAUGUCUCUGUCCUCUCCGGAACGAUCUGUGAAUUACUUUGUCCCUCCUCCACCAUUAGAGAGGCAACGAACCAUGAAACAUGAGGUGAGGCCCAAGGAGAAGAUCAUUUAUCCAGGUCAGGAUAGCCUCUCCACGAAGGUCGAGGCUGUUGUUCGAGCCUUAAAGCAAAUUCAGAUGACCGACGUGGGAGCCAAGUCUCUUGUGUUCUCCACGUGGCAGGGCAUCCUGGACAUCAUUGCGAAAGCCCUUUUCAAAAACUACAUGAAGUUUGCGCAGAUUAACGGAAUUAAAAAAUUUCAAAUUGAAGAAGCUGAUCUCAAUGAAACCGUCAGCUGCACAAAUGAUCAGAUGCAAGUUAUCAUUCCCAGUUUGAUUUUUCUGAACAAGGAUCCACCUGUUUACGUUUGGGAUUUGCACUUGAAUGAUCCUGACUGUCGAGGUGUUGAGGUUGGGAACGACUAUGUUUUCAGCAUCAAGACAAACCUCACGGACUGCGGCACCAUUAUGGCAUCAGACGAUACUCAUAUCAUGUUCACCAACUCGAUCCGCAAUAAUGAAACUGAUAUCAUCACCAGAAGCUACAUCAACAUCACAUUUGGGUGUCGAUACCCACUAAACUACAUGGUUCAGCAGCAAAACGGGGGGAAUCUGGUCAGAGUGGAUGUGAGGACAAUCACUUUGAACACAGAGGAUGGAAAUUUCUCAGUCUCCAUGCUGCUGUAUAAAGACGAAGCAUUUCAGGAUAAAUGGACCACUGUUCCUUCUCUCACACUUGAGGACAACAUCUAUGUCAAAGUUUACAUGAUUCCAGCAAAUCUUUUUCUGAGAGUGGACAGAUGUUGGGCCACACCAACCAGUGACCCUUACAGCAACAUUCAGUAUAUCUUCAUCAGGGACAGCUGUCCAGUGUUGUGGGAUGACCAGACACUAGCCAUGAUGAAGAACGGUCAAGGACCAGAAGCUCUGUUCAGGAUACAGAUGUUCAAGUUUGUUGGAAGCUCCUACACAGAUGUUUUCCUGCACUGCAACGUCCAGAUCUGUCAUAACACAGGAGGAGUGUGCCGGCCUAACUGCUCUUCUGAAGAUGCAUCAGUACGGACACGCAGGGAUGUUGCAUCAUCUCACACUCUAUCGUAUGGACCAAUCAGAAGGCUCAAAACUGACAUGGAGAAUACUAGCCCCAAUUCAAAUGUGCCUCCUGUGGAAACCUUUGUGUUGGGUGGUCUGCUGUUCAUCCUGAUUGUCAUAACAGGAGUUUUUGGGAAACUCUGGCUCCAGAGCAGGAACUCGUAUCCAACCCAAGAGGCCCAGCUCACUCUCUCCAACAUGCACCACAUCUCAGAGGUGGCCAGCUAA